AACCCGGGCCGCCUGGGUGAAAACCAGGAAUCCUAACCGCUAGACCAUAUGGGACUGGCAGCUCGUGACGUCACAACGAGUGACAGUAUUGCAAUGCAUGAAUACGAUGCCAAAUGAAAAAGCGGAACCUUCGUUCCGCCGGACCGAGUUGGGCGCUGCACACAAAAUGGCGGCCGGGAAGCGGCAUGUAAACACGUCCUGACUCGACAUCGAAGAUACGAAGAAGUAGCAGGUCCAGUCUUCCUCGCUAGACUGGUCUCGGCAUGUUCGCUCUCGGGAUGGUGUCUCAUCGGUCCUGGGCGUCUGUGAUGCGGCGCGGCGUCCACAGACUCGCGUCCCUUCACAAGGUCCUGGCGCUUCCAGCCAAGAAAACACAGGCUUUGCUUUAUCCCGUCAGCCACCUGGAGGGCUACCUGGACAGCUCCAUGGACACAUCGGACUUCCGCCUCUUCCAGCCCAGCGUUGAGGACAUCAUGAAGGCGGAGAAGCUCUUCUGCUCCACGCCCACUCACAAGAUCGACUACCACACGUCUGCCGAGAGGAUGGAGCACACGCCCUCGCUGGCGCAGCCCGAGGUCUGUUUCAUCGGCAGAAGCAACGUAGGGAAGUCGUCUCUGAUCAAGGCUCUGUUCUCCCUGUCUCCAGAGGUGGAGGUCCGCGUCUCCAAAACCCCGGGUCACACCAGGAAGAUGAACUUCUUCAGGGUGGGAAAGUCCUUCUCUGUGGUGGACAUGCCGGGCUACGGACACAGAGCACCCGCAGACUUCGUGGACAUGGUGGAGCCCUAUCUGCGCUGCAGGAAGAGCCUGGUGAGGACCUUCAUGCUGGUGGACGGGAGCCUGGACUUUCAGAAGAACGACCUGAUUGCGCUGGAGAUGUGUGAGGAGAUGAGACGGCCGUACGUGAUCGUGCUGACCAAGAUCGACAAGUGUGGCGGGCGAGGGAAGCUGCUGAGGAACCUCAUGAGCCUGCAGGACCUGAUCAAGACGCAGACCAGAUGCUGCUUCCCGCAAGCCUUCCUGGCCAGCUCCCUCAACUACUCCGGGAUCCACCUGCUGCGGUGUUUCAUCGCUCACGUGACCGGAAGCAUCAACCUGAGGGACACCUCUCCCAGCUGACGGAGAGCCGGACCUUCUCCAGGUGCUCCUCCGUCAGCAGUCGGGUCAGAAGGUC